UGAUUUAGUUUUUCUUUGCAAUUUGUGAUGUGCGGUAGUAUUUUGAGAAAACAACAUGCAAAAUGUUUUAUUCAUUCAAUUUAAAUAAUACUUAUUGAGUUCGUAUUUAGUUGUAACAAAGUAAGAGUAAUUUAUACACACAAUUUGCUGAAAUAUACAGCUGCUAGCUAUAUGACAUUGUCAAUGUUUGUGUUCGUCGAGUUGCGAACCUUCCUCACAUCUCAACAAAUUGUCAAUAAAAAUGUGUGCGAAAUUUUGUACGGUGUACAUUAAAUAUUGUAGUUAUGAAUUAUAGAUAAAUACGUGUUCCGUGAAAAUAAUGUGAAUAUUGCCAUGGCAUCUCCUAGUGGAAUUGGUAGGGCCGGUGUACAUGCAACUAUGGCUGGCCAAUUGUCCUCUACAAAUCAAGCUAACUUCGGCAUGUCAGUAGCAGUACAGCCGUCGUCUGCGUUGGUGUAUGAUCUCCAUGCCGCAGGUUGCAGUGACUCUUCAUCAGAAUCGCACUCCCCAGAAAUGCCUUCAGCCAAAGCAAGCGAUCGUGAGUCUCGUAUCAUAGCUGAAAAACAACGUCGUAGCCAGUACAACGCCCAGAUUUCUCAGAUUACUGGACUAUUAACAGAUAUAGUUCACUCCCAACGUAAAGUGGACAAAACAAGUGUUUUAAGGCUUGCAGCUAAUAAACUUCGUAAUGAGCAUGUAUUUGGUGAUUCUAUAACAUGUGGACAUAUCGAGACAUGGUCUUCAGCAUUUGUUAAAUAUUUUGAUCUAUUCGAUGGGAUCAUGUUGGCUGUUACCUGUCGGGGCCGUAUAUUUCUUGUGUCUCCCAAUGUACAGGAAAAGUUGGGAUACUGUCAUAUUGACUUGUUAGGUCAAGAUCUUUACAAUUAUGUUCAUCAUGAAGACAAAAAUAUUCUUAAAGAGCAUAUUUACCCACCAGAGCUGCGUAGUGGAUGUGACAGGAAGCUUCUUGAGGAACACCAUAAUUUCCAUAUCCGCAUUAUGAGAGCUGGUGCAAAGUCAGAUCCUCCUAGGUAUGAGCAAUGUAGAUUAGAUGGUGUUUUAAGACGAUCUGACAGAGCCACUACAAAUGCUAUACAAGAUGAGCAAACAAUAAGGAGACAAAGAGUGAGGCACAAUCGCACAUUUUCUUCAAGCGGAAAUGACAUGGUUUUUAUUGGCAUGAUUCACAUACAGUCAAAUGCCCUUCCUGCUAGGAUAUUGCCUCCAACAGCAUAUACAGAGUAUUGGACCCGGCAUCUCAUAGAUGGUCGCAUCGUGCAGUGUGAUCAGAGCAUAUCUCUGGCUGCUGGUUACAUGACAGAAGAAGUCACUGGUACUUCUGCAUUUGUUUUUAUGCAUAAAGACGAUGUUCGUUGGGUGAUCUGUGUCCUGAGGCAAAUGUAUGACCAGAGCAGGGAGUUUGGUGAGUCUUACUACAGGUUAAUGUCACGGUCUGGCCAUUUCAUUUAUAUGAGAACUAGAGGUUUCCUUGAAAUUGACAAGGACACAAAAAAAGUACAGAGUUUUGUGUGUGUGAACAGUGUGAUUGGAGAGGAUUAUGGGCGCAGAAUGAUGGAAGAAAUGAAAAGAAAGUAUUCAGUCAUAGUAGAUAUGGCUAACCAGCAAACUGAGAUACCAGCUAUCGAUGAAGCACCUGUGGAGCAUCCUAAAAGACUGGAGAGGAUAGUCAUGCAUUUGGUAGAGCCCUCAUCUAAAAAUGCUGAAGAGCUGAAGCUUGUUGCUCCAUCCAAAGAGACAAUAAUAACUGCCAUUAAAAAUAGUGAACGAGUUGUACAGGAGACUGGUAUUAGGUUUGACUCACGUAAACGAAAAAAAGAUGAUGACUUGAACUGUGAACAUUUGAAGAGACACAGUGGAAUGCAAGAGUUUGAAUACUAGUUUGUUGUUUUUGUGUCAUUGUUACUGUAUAUGUAUAAAAAACAUGAUGCAUUGUGGUAAAACAGAGACAACUCUCUUCGCAUGUUCCCUGAAGUGUUAGGGUUUGUGAUGUGAUAUAUAGUAGAGUUCAGCAUAAAAAUUAAAUCUUUAAGUCAAGGGCAACCUGCCAGUCUUAACCCUCCUUGGAAAUGCUAUUGAAGCCUAUCAGCUGCCAAUAUGAAGUUUUCCUAUUCAAGGGUGAAAUAAUAAGCCCAAUACAGUGUGGUAAUGGAGAUAAGCCAAUGGUGGGUACAGGUAGGUAUGUUAUUUUGAAAUUAAUCCAAACCAAAUGUCAUCAAUAUUAUAGAAAAAUCUGUAUCAAAAUGCUCCCCCCAAUCAUAUUCCCAAAGGCUCAAAGGUACCACAUUUACCACCUACAUAUUGCUUUUCCUCUUUAAACUAUGGACAGCCUUUAAACCAGGCACCAUCUGGAGCAGUACUUAGUCAUUGCCAUGGCACCUUGAACACCGUUCUAUUGAGAUAGAAUGAAAGUAUUUCACUUCUGAGCACUAUGGUCCAGCAGUAUAAUUAUAUUUUUUGCAAUAAUUACUGACAAAAAUUUAUUUAUAUAAAUAUUUCUGUUGCAUCGUGUGUUAUGGCUUUUCUAAAACCUACAUGUACUGGUUGAUGUUUCAUUUGAACCACAAUGCUUUCUAGGAUUUUUUACAGUAACAUCAUAAUUAACAUAUAUAAACUUGUGAUUUUGUUUUCCUAAUAACUAUUAGAUAAUAAAUGUGGUUACUAAUUAAGUAGAUAGGUAUAUAUAAUAUUUGACCAAAUAAUGAUUGUAUUUGAAAUUGGGUUAUUCUUUUGGUAAAACUACCUAACAAGUUAAAUUUAUUUGUAUAAAUAAAGGUUUCUGUAUUAAAUUAUAGGUACUGUAAUAUGUAAAAUAAGUAAAGCUACAUAAAUAGGAUUUGUAAUAAAAAAUACAUUUAUAGUAAAUAGGUAACUAAACUUUUAUCUCGAAUUAAAAAAAUAAUAAGGAUCAAUUGCGUAAUUUCAUUUUUCGAUUUUAUAUAUAUGACACUUUUGUUUUAAAUCUUGAACAUGAAGAUAAAACUGCUGUGCUACUAAAUGAUAUAAUUGUUAUUGAGGAAACACAAGCUUUAUACAUAAUCUUAUAAUACCUGCCUAUCUGUCAACUAGUCAACUUAAUGUACUUGAGUUUUGGAGAAGGAAAUUUACAUUAAUACGUAAAAGUUUAAACUUGAGAUUUUAUCAAAAAGUUUCUAAAUGUAAAUAGGGAAUAUGCAUGUAUGUUUUAUAUUUUUUAAGUGAUAAUUUACAUGAUGUAAAAAUAUUUCAUGUAUAAUACAAUUAUUUAAUUAUACUAGUUGUUCGCCGCGAACUUAGACCUCGCGAACACAUUUUUACUAUUUCAAAAACGACUUAACCGAUUUUGUUGCCCAACGAACUUAAAAAUUCUAUUGACAGAUCCUACAUACCUCAUCAAAAUUACACCAACAACGGUUCGAAAGUUGUCGCGUUACAAACUUACAUACAAAAUAUGUAUUUUUGCCCCCAGUUGAUUUGAAGAUUAAGGUAAAAAAUAAUUCCUUCGUCUAAAAUUUGUAAAAAAUAAAUAGUUUUAAAUAGUAGGUAGGCUAUUAUGAAUUUGCUUGCUUGCUUUUUAAACGGGCGCCAUUUUGGCGCUCUUGACGAGACCGGACGCGACGUCAAAAGUCUAUGAUGUAUACUCUCAACUGCAGAAGUUUUGGACGGUAAUUUAAUAAUAUUUUGUUUUAUACGUCAAUUAUAUAAUGCAACCAUGUAAAAAACCGACUUUUAAAUGCUGAAUCGUAUUAAUGGUGGUUGACAUUAUACAUUCUAACGUCAGGACUCGUUUCGAAUGGUAAACUACUUUUGGUCAAAUUUUCCGACCAUUAGCUUUGAGUUUCAUCGGAUUUAAAUUUGACGCGUGCCUUUUUCGAUAAUUAUUUUAUUAUUCAACACUAAAUUAUGGUAACACGUAACACUACAGAAAUAAAUAUUGUAGUAUGUAAAUUUCAUGAUUAAAAAGUUUUUCUAUUUUUUCUAAUUUAGUUGUAAUAAAUGGCUAAAGUCGUUGCAUAUAACAAAUUAUGAGCGUUCUGCUCUAGCUAUUAUAAUAAUUAACAACAACAAAAGUAUUGCGUUGCUUGAAUGCCGUUUUCCAUUUCAUUUAUUUAUUUACUAGCUUUUGCCCGCGGCUUCGCCUGCCUUUAUCUCGUACGUUCGAAGUUUCGAAGAAACUUAUCGCGAUGAAACCUAUACCAGAUUUUAAUUUAGAGUUAGACCAUCUGGUAUAAGACUGCAAAAACCACAUCAAGUAGUUUUUGCGUGAUGCGAACAAACAUACAGACAGACAAAAGUAAAAAAAAAAAUUGUUUUGCCUUCGCCCGCUUACAGUUUUAUCAUAUUAUAUAUGUACAUAGUUUACAUAGUUUAUUUCUUAGUGUUCUAUUCACUCUCAGUGUUCUAUGCACUGUUCCUCUAUAUUUCCCAUCGGACAUGUCAAACAGAAACGGAAACACAGAAACUGCUAUAUCUAAAUUACUGCUUUUUGAUCGACUCAAUUAUGAAAUAAAAUUAUGUUUUAAAAUCCUGAUCUUUGGACUUGGUGACCUUAAGAUUCUUAACUCUCGAAUUUUGAUCAUAUUGUUAGGUGUUCACACUGGUAUGUUUUCGUAAUAAUAUCAAACUUUAGAUCAAUCCAAUUUAUUCAUAUAAUCCAAGAUUUAAACCAAUCUAUUCCCGUUAAUGACACGAUUGCAUCACAUUAUGGAAAAUAACAAAUGUGAAUUAUAGUUGUGAACAAAGCUACAAGUUCAUACUCAUUCUUGAUUUUAAUAAGUAUAUUUUUUCAAAUUAAUCAUUUGUGCCAAAUGUAUGAUAGAUAAAAAUUUACGCUAAAUCAUUUAACAUAAGUACAAUGGCUAUGUAAAUAAUACUAAGUAUGACCAGAUGGGCCUGAUGAAAAAGCAGCUUUGCUAUUAAGCUAACCUGAUGUUCCAUGUCGUGAUAUUUUAUUAAUUUAGAAUGGAGUUCUUACUUUGGCGAAAUUUCUCCCAUAGGCUUGCGUUCAGGGCUUGUGUUCAGUAAGCAGGGCUAAAGUAAGGUGGCUGUACGACAGCUUCAUUCGGAUGAUCAGGCUGACUGAUCGGGUCACAUAUGUGGUGUCGAAUAACCCCGAAGCGUAGCACAUGCGUAGCACGUUGUGGCGUAAACAUUUCAGCGUGGUACACUAGGGCGAAAACUUAUUGAAGCGACACUCACCAAGUCGAAUGAAACCGCAGCGAUGCACGUUGUGGCGAAGUUAUAACACGAAGUCGACGACAUCGAAUUCGACACCACGUAUGGGACCCGACUGAUCAGCUUGUUAAAUUUUUGACGUAUGGAAAUUAUACAACUGCGACAUUUAAAUUGGCGCCCAACUUAAACUUUGUAAAUACUUCUAUCCUAUUUUAUAUUAGGUAAAAAGUUGCUCAUGCUAUUGGUAUAAUGGUGUACAAAUUUAAAACACAAUUUUCCAUAAAUGACAAUUUAAUAUGUAGAUAAUUAAUUGUAUUAAAGGGCCAAAAUUAUUAAAUAGCUUAAAAUGUAUUGAGAUCUGUUUUGUAUAUUUUAUCGAUAUUUGCCAUUAUUGUAAUUAGGUUAAAGUUUGUGGUCUAGGUAUAUUAGAUUUAAUAUUAUAUUGUGAAUUGAUUUUUAGACGUGAUAUCCAUUUUAUAUUUGUUGAAAACACUCAUGUGCUGUGAUUCAGCAGGUAUGAUGACUGAACAAAUUUUAAUGCUAUUUUACUAUUGUAUAUGUUAACUAUACAAGAUAUUCACCUCUUGCUAAAAUUACACAUGGCCUAUAUAUAAUAGGUACCUUAAAGCAUUUUGGAUUGAAGCAAAUUCUUUCACUUAAAACAAUAUUUUCUAAAUAAAUACAAAAUAGGGAACUUCCCUGGUAUAGUUUUCAGAGUUAAUUGUUCAUCACCUAUAAUUAUAUACCUAAGUAGGUAUAUAAGGGUAAAAUAACAUUCUCUUCAUUUAUGAUUGUGAUCCUAAUGAAACUAUUCAGCAGCUUCUUCAGCUUUAUGUUAAAAUAAUAACUAUCACCAUCAUAAGCUAGGUGUUUUUUGUAUAUAUUUAAACUAUGUAAUUUACGACAUGAAAACAAAUGUUUAAAAUUAAGACUGAUUUAAAUUACAAUAUUAAUAAUUUUCAAACACAAUAUAUAAUUUCUUUCCCAAUUAGUUCUGCAACUGCUCAUAUCUAUGUAAAUAAAAGAUGUAGGUAUUUGUACUGUUCAUUUGCUUAGGCACCUAAUCUAAAUAGGUUAAUAAAUUCAAUAAUAAAUAACUUGCAAGAUGUUGCAAUGAAAAUGUCAAUUGAUUGGAAAUUGAGUGUAUAAUGGCGCUAAAAUAAAAUGUAGUAUGGUAUGUAUUAAGGUGGGUUUAUACCGAGAAUUAUGGGAAUUAUAAGGUAUGAAAAUAUAUGUACACAUGUAAAUGUAAAUUUAAUGCAAUGUACAAUUAUGUAAUAAUUUGACAAAAUUAAAAAAUGUAAUUAUCAAUUAAACUAAAACCACCGUUCAAGCCAAUUUUCAUAGUUACCUAAAUUAUGAGUUAGUUAAACUGGAAAACAAAUCGAUGAAUCGAGGUAGAUUGAUGUUAAGAGGUAUUUAACAGUACCUAUGCACGCUUUUCGGGUACUUAUUUUUUACAAAUAAGUGACAUUAAAUAUACCUAAUAUUUUAUGUAAAACUUCAGAAAAGAAGUUGACAAUCCAGGACUUUUUUUGUACGUAAGACCCGCUUUGUGGUCUUCACUUUUGACAUUUGACCUACAUUUGAUUGGUUUUGGUUUUAUUAUUUGUUAGCCAGAUGAAGUUUGGAACUUAGAAUCCAUUGUAAAUUCGAUUGUAUAAAUUACGUACCCAUGUUAAGAACGCUAUUGUUAUUCGUUAAUGAGAAAAAAUCUUUUGACUGGUCGCUAAAAUGGUUUGGUAAUGAUGUAAUGAAACUUAUUUUGCGUUUUUAUGGUAAUUUUUCAGGGUAGGACCAAUGUGAGCAAGAUGAAACGAAAUACUUGUUUUGAAACAAGUUUCUAAUAGCACAUCAGGGUAAUAUUUUUUAAGGCAACUAUUGCUUAUAGAAUAUCAUAAUGUGCAAUGUCCAUUUGAUGUGAUUGUGAAGCAUGAUGAAAAACGUCGUAAUCGAAAAGUAACUUUCAUCUUUUUAUGGAUUCAUCUUAACUUUUACAAAAUCAUUUAUUGACGUAUCAGAAAACUUCACCAUCAACUUUCAUUAAUAUAAUUGUCUAAUCGAAUAAACAACAACAAGGAGAUGAUUUUAUAACAUCCUAAAUCCAGACUGCAAAGUUUUCACGUAUUGUUGCGAAUUUAAAAUUUCUAAUUUCACAUAUAUGUAAGUAAAUAUUAUUUGAUUUAUGAACUAUCUACAAAUAUAGUUUUUUAGGAAUAAGUAUCCAUAUUUUUUUUCUUUCUUGCUUAUUCCUCCUGGGGUCGGUCCUCGUUAUUUAGGCACCAGGAUUUUCAGUCCCUGGUUGUCCAUGUAUUGAAUUUGGCAGUAUAUCUUUUGGAACGAUUGUCCACAAUGUCCACAUGACCGCCGUCUACGAGUCUACCUUUGUCGUUAUUUUAUUUGCAUAUUUCGUGGUAGGCUUCUGGACCAUUGUGACAGCACAUUUCUCGUCUCUUCUCAUUUUAUUCUCACACGUCUUUUUUCACUGGAAGCAACCUUGAACGAGCUUCUGACAUCUUUAUUCUUAUUCACGUGUGUUGCUAAAUAAAUGGGAGUGUAACAACUAACAACGUCUUUACUACUAAGAGGUAUGAAAUUUUAAGAUAAAAAUUAAAAUGUAAUAAAAUGAAACCAAUCUACCUUUAUCUAAACAUAUAAUCCUUUUGUAGUCUAAGAAAAUCUAAUAAAAUUCUUACUGAAGCCUACCCCCGGACGGAACAUUAAAUAAAUCGACAUAUUUUUUUGAAUGAAUGUAACGGUUGUGAUAAAAUAUCUUUAUGAUGGAUUGAUUGAAAUUUUUUGUACAUAUGUAGUCUUAAGUCGCUGUGAAUUGUCUAUGUUAAGAUACAUUUAAUGUGUUGUUGUGUAUCCCUGCACAUUAUGAAUCAAUGACUUGAUUAUUAUUUCAAAUCUAAAAACGAAGCUAUCAAUUUGUUCUAUUGUGGAACUUUUGUUCGAAGAAGAAUGACGUAACAUUACAUACACGAAUGUAACAUUACAUUGAUAUUAUUUGAUGUAAUAAAAAAUGUUCAAAGAA